AUGAAUUCUUCUUCAUCCUCCAAGUACCAUGUUCCUGCAACAAUCAUCGAUCCACCGACGACUUUGGCUGGUCGUUUUCCACGUGCUCUGACCACUGAAGACGACGGUGAUGGAUUCCUCUACAAGGGAGGUACUAAUCCAGUCGCUAAACGGGGCUGUGGAUUCCAACGCAAACCUCCUCACAUUGAUAUGGCUCGGGAGUACGAAGCUGCUGGGAAAAGUUACAGAGCUGCUCGAACCACCAUCGCCACACUAAACGAACGCCAUCGACAGCUCCGAAUUACACAGGAAGAAACCUUUGAACGAGAGCAACAGGAUCGUAGAUUCACAUCCAAUUUCGCUGAGACGAGACUUGCAACUUGCGGAGUUCCGACACUCAACUCGAUGAGUGUUCGUAUUGAGCGUCAACGUGAACUAGCGAAGGGUAAAUCCAACGAUACAUCCCCCGUUAAGUCUACAAACAAGAAGGCUCGUGAAGCAGCUCAUCGUGAGCAUCUGGACACACAGAUCCUAGCUGCAAUACGUCGCUCCUAUGGGUCCCAAGAACUGAAUCUCAAGGCAUUGGAACUUGUUCAUAUUUCACGAGCAGCUGUGUUUUCGACGCUGUUACUGCAACUAGCUCGCACGAUCCGAACUGUCAAUGUGUCUCGCAACGCUCUACGUGAACUUACUGAUAGUUUUGUCCAAACAUUCCCAGAAGUGGAUACAUUGAUUUGCAAGGAGAACGCAUUGGCACGACUACCACGACGUGCACUUGGAGACUUGCGCUACUUACGAGUGUUAAAUAUCUCUGGAAACCAACUUGCUGAACUUCCCGACCUACCGGACACACUAGAGACGCUCGAUGCGAGUCGAAAUCGACUGCAAGAUAUUCAAAAAUUGCAUGUUUUGACAAAACUAGUCACUUUGGACAUGAGCUACAACCACUUCCAGCUGCUACCUUGUGGACUGAUGGCCCUACGCAAACUGCAGACACUUCUUCUGGCUGGGAAUCGUCUUGUGACGCUUGCAACUAGACCUCAUUUUUUUCGGAGGCGUGAUGACACGGAGACUAAUCCGCAAGACGACAAAGAACCCACAGAAGAGGAGAACGAAGCUGAACGUAAGCAAUGGAAAGUAGAAGUAGAUCCGAUUUCAAACAACAAAGUGUAUUUCCACUUGCAGUCGAAGCGUAUGACUCGCGCCAAACCCAAGUGUUUCCAAGUACGAAUUCCAAGGCUUCAACUCGGCAAUCAAGGUCCGACACAGGAUAAGCGAGCGUUGCUGAAGAGUUAUCCGGAUGGAUGGGAAAUCGUCCUACCAAGUGCGUCAGACACCUCAACAGCGCUACAAUUUGUGAAUCAUUGCACUGAAGAAAACUAUGCAACGAUCCCGCCGGCACUUGAUCGCUGGGAUGGAGUCGAUCACUUGCAAUUACUCGUGUUAUCCGGCAAUGAGCUACUGGAUCUCCCGCCUUCGAUCGGCAAACUGAAGCGGUUAAAGCGUCUAGAAGCGGAGAACAACAAGUUAUUAACUCUCCCUGACGUUUUACAAGGUCUCGAGGCGCUUGAGACACUGAAACUUGGUAUGAACGGGCUAGCAACAUUACCUCCGUCAUUUUCGAAGUUAGUUAACCUCACUGACGUCGACAUCAAGUUAAAUCGUCUUCGAGACUUACCAGAACGUCUAGGAGACUUGCAACAGCUUCGUGUGCUUGAUGCAAGCUCCAAUGUGUUAGAGACACUCCCCCGCUCUUUUCUAGCUCUGAAACGGAUUGUUACAUUGCGGUUAUCGGGAAAUGUUCCACUACUAGCUGCGGGUUUUGCUAUCGAGUCUUUACGAAGUGGGAACUUGGCAGAGAUACGAUGGCAACUAGAGCACCAGAUUGAGUGCGAAAAACACGGAGGAUCACGACCACCAGAGCCACGAGCGCGACUAAUUGGCGUUGGCGCUGAGUGCUGGAGUACCGACCUGCACGUUAACCGCGAAGUCGCUCGAGCCGUUGAACUUGCUCAGGAAACACACACGCUCUCACUGCACUGGCGCGGUCUCGAGGCUCCUGAACUACCUCGUGUAUUCUUCACAGCUGUGCCAGAUCUACGUGAGCUUCGACUUUCCGGGCAAAACUUGGGCACUUUACCUGCGGGGUUCGGGACAUUCACGAAGUUACGAUUGUUACAACUUCGGCAAAACGAAAUUCGAGUCAUAAAACCUGAAGUUUUUGGGUCGAUUGGAACGCAGAAUGCUACAAUAAAUCUGGGACUUGGAACGAGUUUAGAGAGUCUAGAUCUUCGCUACAAUCGACUGGAGACACUGCCAGAUACGUUUACUAAUUGCGUGAAGCUUCAGGUACUACGCGCAAGUCACAACUGCAUCACAUCGCUACCAGAGUCGCUAAAUGGGCUGGCCAAUGCUUUGACGGACCUGCAACUUGCACACAACCAACUAACAAAGGGUCCACGAGCCAUAUCCUCCCUUCGAGCUCUGGAGAGAUUAGACCUAUCCUUUAACCACAUCGAGACAGUGGACGACUUGGAUUUUUCACAAUUGCCACGCCUACAAGUGUUGCGUCUGAGUGGAAAUCGACUCGUAGAAUUGCCAAUGUCUCUGGGUGGAAUGGGAACUUCCGGUGGUGGUACGCCACCCAUUCGAGAACUUACAUUUGCUGGCAAUAUGCUCGUCGAAUUCCCACCAGCUGUGCUACUGUUAGGUGCAACACUCGAGCGUCUUGAGAUGCAGAGCAAUCGCUUCGAGCGUCUUCCGUUGAGUUUUGGUGCAACACUUUCAGCGCUGGAAAUCGUAGAAAGUGACGGCAAUCCGUUCCGCUCUCCACCAGCUGAAAUUAUGCGUCUUGGAGCGAAUUCUAUUCGCUCGUAUCUACUCAAACGUCAACAGCGUGUAGACGAACUCACCGCGUUACUAAAUGCUCUGGGUCUGGACUUCGAUCGGGAGACUUUCGACAAGCCUAUCAUGCGUCAUCUCCUUCCUCCAGACGUGCCGUUGACGAGUCUACCGUUCUUAUCGGCAAACCAUCUUACAGCCUUUGACCGCGCAGUUGAUCGCUACUUGAACGGUGCGUUCUACCUCCCUCCUCCACCAAUUGGAACGGGUCCAUUAUUCCGUCGAGGUGUCGAUAUUUUUCAAGAAUUGUUACUUCGGAAACAUUUCGAGUUAGCACAACGACAUCAUCGCACAAUUCUCGAAGAACUUCAUGAGUUGCUCGCAUUAAUUCGUCAGAAACGUUGGGCAGACAAGACCGAUCUAAGGUACGAUAUGUUACGACCUUGGGGACGUAAAGGUGAACUCGUUGGCGUCUACAUGGUACGAGGCUCUUUGCUCUUCCCUGACGACUACAAAGCUGACGAUGGGAGAAUUCGAGCUCCUUUAAGUUCCGGUAGAGAGCUCCCCAGCGUCUUGAAAGUUAUUCAAACUCGAACACAGCGAGGGUUUCCACCUGAGUCUUUCGUUGAGAACAGACGCACACUACGCGAUGUAGAGCGUGCCUUAGAUCAGUAUGUCGGUCAGUACGGACCUGUUGGAGUUGCCCACGCUUGUGUACCCAUGCGUUGUGGCUGUGAAGAGCUGCUACGCUUUGGUAAAAUGCACGAUCCAUGCGAGCAACCAGGGUGGACAGUUGUGCGUGUGUUGUACACUGAAGAAGAAGUCGCACGUCGAGAGAUGGACGAGAAGAGACUGCAAGAAGCUCAAGACGCUUUACUCCCUCAGAUCCGCGCCUUCCUUGAGACUCCAGAAGGUGAAACGCGAUUCCAACGCGAAGUACGCACCGCCAAGGAUGCGUUACGUGUCCAUCUACGCGCUCUAUCGAAGCAGCUGAAGCGUCAUCGAGCCAAGUUGAAGCCACUGGCAAAAGCUCAUUUGAGAGAAGAGAAACUGGACAAGAAGAUGCAGCGUGUUGCCGAUAAAGCAGCCAAGUCUGGCAAGAAGGCUCCAUUGAAGAAAGCAGAGACGCUGGGAGAGCUGAAGGCCAGGAUCGCGAGGCGAAAGAAGUUUGAGUUCGCCGAAGCUCGUGUUCGAGAAGACAUCGAGGAACUGGAACGCGGCAAAGCGCGACUGGGUCAAGGCCACGCCGCAUUUCGACACGAGGUGGAACAGAUUUUGCUUGAGAAAGUGGGCGCUACGGUGCGGCAACGACUCGUUCGACAGCAACGCGAUAAGGCUAUUGCUAUGGGCUGGCGUCGUCCUUGGGAUGGCGUUGGAGGACGCGCUUUUGAACGGUAUCAACGGGAGAUCCUUCGACACAAACUGGGCGGUGUGGAUGAAGAGGGUGCGGCAGCAGCGCCUGAGAGCGUCACCAGGAAUGCGAAAGAGAAGAGCGCAGCAGUUGCUGAAGCUGCAAGAGUUGCAGCCAUGGCGGCGUUGGAAGCUGAGGAAGCCGAGAGAGCGGAGGACCUGGACGAUGUUAGCUCCGAUGAUGAUGAUGAUAAACACGAAUCCGAGGAUAGCGAUCUCUAA